CGACCGCCCGCCCGUCCGUCCGCCUGUCCGAAACACCGGCCCGCCUCCUGCCAAGAGAACAGCGACCAGACGAGACGUCAUCUCGUAUCCCCUCAACCAUCACCAGCAGCCUCAUUGACACCAAUCCACGGACGGUCGAUGCCGUCCCCCCCGUCAUAGCAACCCAUCAACCCAAGGACGGAUACCGCGGGGGGUUUUUUUUUUGUUGAGAAUGGCGGAAUAACCUCACCCACCUCUGUGCUUUGUACGUACCUCUUUCUACGGCUCUCUCGCAACACUGGUGGUAUUGCAGUGUCGUACUCCUCCGCCUCUGCGCGCCACGCGACCCGCAACCAUGUAGGAGGAGAGCGACCUGGGGCUGAACUCUAAUGAUAGCCCAUCUCUCCUCUUCUGGAUGUCGUCGCCGUCAUAGACCGCCAGCUCGUGCAGCGACGCGAGCGCGCGCGCGUGCGCGACUCGUAACCCCAACCUCUCGCGUUCCUUGGCUUUACGUGGCGGGUCGUGGGACCGUUCCGUUGCUUGCCCGUCGCUGCUGCUGCUGCUGUUGCCAGUAUUGUCAUCGCGGUGCGCAUCAGCAAAGACGCGCCCGACCCCCCGACGCUCAACGUCUGAGGCCAUCGCCACAUUUUCAUAUUACCCUACGACUGGUAUAUUACAUGACGAGGAGGGGGGCGACUACACACGCCUUCGCUUCACUCUUGUGUCCGCCGCCGCCGCCGCCGCCGCCGUCGCAGUCAUCAAGGUCGAACCAAGAAAAAAAAAAAAACCAAUACCAGCACCGCGCCUCCAUCAUGUCCAUGUUUCCGGCCGUGCACGAGCUCGACAAAAAGGUCGUCGUGGUCGGCGGCUCGCUCGGCGGCCUGGCCGUCACGCACCGGCUGCUCAAGCAGGCGCGCCGGCGGCACCCCGAGAUGCGCGUGGUGCUCGUGUCGCAGAAUUCGCACUUUUACUGGAACAUUGCGUCGGUGCGCGCCGUUGUCCCGGGCGCGCUGCGGCGGCGGCGGCGGCGGCGGCGGUCACAACAGCAGCAGCAGCAAAGUGGCGGCGGUGGUGGUUCUAGUGGUGGUGGUGGUGACGGCGGUGAUGGUGACGGUGAUGGUGACGAUGGCGACGGCAUCGACGUCGACGACGUCGACGACAUCCUCCACCCCAUCGAGCCCGAGCUCAUCCACCGCUACCCGCGCGGCAGCGUCGAGUUCGUGACGGGGCGCGCCAUCCGCCUCGACGCGGCGGACAAGACGGUCAGCGUGGAGACGCCGACGUACGGGAUCCGGCUGGUGCACUACACGCACCUGGUGCUCGCGACGGGGGCCUCGGCCGCGGUCGCGGGCAUGCCGUGGAAGGCCUCGGGCUCGUACGAGGACCUGCUCGGCGACAUGCGCGCCACCGCCCGGCUCGUCGCCCGCGCGCGCCACGUCACCGUCGCCGGCGGCGGGCCCACGGGCGUCGAGCUCGCCGCCGAGAUCAAGGCCGCCUACGGCCCGCGCAAGGCGGUCCUCUUGCUGCACAGCGCGCCCCGGCUGCUCUCCUCCAACAACGACGGCGGCGGCGGCGAUGACGAUGACGACAAUCACCGCACCGCCGCCACCACCGUCGCCGACCAGGCCGAGCGCGAGCUGCGCGCCCUCGGCGUCGAGCUCCACAAGGGCGCCAGGGCCACAAACGUCAACCGCGAGGCCCGCGACGACGGCACCAUCGUCGUCACCCUCUCCGACGGCGGCAGCUUCGAGACCGACGCCUACCUGCCCACCACCGGCCUCAUCCCCAACACCCGCUGGAUCCCCAAGGCCCUCCUCACCGACCGCGGCUACCUCGACGUCGACGACUGCAUGCGCGUCAGGGGCGUCGACAGCGUCUGGGCCGUCGGCGACGUCGUCUCCAAGCCCGACGCCGGCCUGCUCAACACCGAAGCUCACGCCGCCUGCGUAGCCAAAAACGUCGAGCUCUCCUUCUCCAACAAGGCACAGGUCCCCGUCAAGCUGCCCACCACCGACGUCUUCCUCUGCACCAUCGGCCCUGACCGCGGCGUCGGCCGCUACGGCUCCAUCCCCUUGCCGUCCUUUGUCGUUUGGGCCCUCAAGAGCCGGACCCUGGCCACGGAACGGACCGCCAAGUAUGUCAAGGGAAGCAUGUGGUGAGUUCGGGAGUAGGGGCUGGCGGCGUAUAGGCAGGCAGGCAUGGUAAGCCGUAGUAAUAAAUAGAUUGCCCGUGUCCGGCAGCAGAUGCCCGCCGACGAUAGGGCGACGCGCAUCUCUGGGUAAUGAUUGUAAUGCAAGCACUACUCGGUUGGUCAAUAGGUAUCUACCACGUUGGAGGCGUAUGAACAAUAAAAGAUGCCCGCUUG